AUGUACGAGGAUAAGAAAUCGGCCAAGGAGUUGAAGCGGGCGGUGGAUCAGGCCGCAAUGGAGUCCGCCCUCGACGCCGUCAGUGGUGCUGCGCCGAAAAAGGGGAAGAUCACAGACAUCUACGGCAGCGAAGUCUCAUGCGCUAAGGAGGAGGCAGACGAGGCGAUCUGCAUCUUGUUCGCUGCUUCUCGGAUUCCAGAGAACAUCGCCAACCAUCCGCUGUGGAAGCAUGCUAAAUGUCGGAAGCCGGUGGAGAGUGCGUUUGUCCCGAUUGCGGAAAGCUGGAAGCGGGACGGCGUCACCAUCGCGUCGGACAUGAUGACUGACCGGUGCGGCCGCCCUCAAGCCAACAUUCUUCUCGUCAACGACUCGGGGGCGGUUUUCACCGAGGCCGUUGAUUGCAAGAUGGAGACGAAAAUGGGGGGCUUCAUUGCAAGCAUUCUCAGCCCCGUUGUAGAUAAGACGGGCCCUGAGAACGUGGUGGCGCUCUGCACCGAUGGGGGCAGCACCUAUGCAUCGGCAGUCAAGAAUGUCAUCACCCGUUGGCCUCACAUUGAGCACGUGCUGUAA